CUUCACAUCCUGGCCACUGAGUAAUUCACCCCCGCAGCAAUACCAACCCCAACUAUACUUCUACUCGUCCCUAGCAUCACAUAUCGCUAUUUUCUGGCAAUGUACAUCGACUGAUAUCGUUGUUUUUACCUGCUGUCCCACUGCCUACAAAUUCGACGACAAACACCAAUCGAAUCUCACUUUAAUCCUGCGAGAGCAUUGCCUCGAACUUUGUCUCCAUCCUUCAACCAAUGCCAAACUGACUGAGUGACUUGAACUCCAAUCAUACAGUUGUUCCGUUACCAGUAAAGCGCCUACAAAUCCCUAGUUUUCGUCGUCUGCAUCACCGUUUCUCCAUGUUGCAAGGUAUAAGGACACCGACUUUGACGAUGCCAUCUUUCGGACACGAUGUGUCCCAAAGUGGUGUUCACAAGGUGGAAGGCUACGGUGAGGGAGACUCAUGGAACUGGUCCCAGAAUUCGAGCACGCCCCAACCAUCGUAUCCCAAUAUCUUUGACCCUUCUAUGUACACCAACUUCGCAUCUCAUCUCCAACCACCAACGCGCACACAACCUCGCCAUCAUUCGAUCGCUACCUCACAUGUACUUCCAGCGGGUACUGCUACACCACCGCCUCCACGGCCCCAAAUAGCGGGGAAUAUGGUUAAAGCGCAACCCGCUUUCAAACCCACUUGGCAAGGCUUUCUGGAUACAACAAAGGACGCUAUGACUGUUGUUGAGGCUUCCCUCCAGGGACGACUCAGCCAUAUCAGCCGACGACCCCACGACAAGGAACGAGCCGAAAUGCUUACCUCGGGCACUGUCCUUGUGUACGAAGAAAACGCGUCUGGGAUUAAGCGCUGGACUGACGCUGUGCACUGGUCUCCAAGCCGGGUUAUGAACAACUGUCUGAUAUACCGUCAGCUCGUACGAGCACUCAAGCCUGAGGAGAAGAAGACAGCACUAAAUCCAUCUUGCGGCACCAAACGAAAGCGCAAAGAGAGUGCCGGAACUUCUGUGACCAAGACUGGGGAAAACGUCAACACGUCUGAAGACGAAUACGAAAACCCUCCAUUCGACAGCCCUUUCGCUGCCGAUGCAGAGACUGCAAGCAAAGUCUACGCCAACUUCGCCCAAAGUCUCACUCCGGACCAGCAGAGGCGCUUCUGUGGGUCACUUAUCGACAGUUACGAGUUUAAGGAAGGUGGCUUGAUGAAGAAGACCAUCUCCGUCAAGUACCAGGGCACCCACCAUCAUGUCAUCUCCUACUACAGUCUCGAAGACGUUGUCAGCGGAAAAUUGAAGCGACCAUUCCAGGAUCCAAAACUGGCCGAUAUUCAUCCCAGACCAGAGCUUCUCACCGGCUGGAAGGUCAGUCUCGAAGAUGAAGAAAGUAAAGAUAUGCCUCUUAUUGCAGGCUAUCCUCAACACAUCCAGCCCAGUCAUCUCCAACACCAUGCUAUUGGAGCCACGCAAGUAGUGGGCGUCCAUGGAUUAGUUCAGGGCCACGCUCCACUCCAUUUGCACGUGCCAGAAUACUGGCACGGUGCUCAGGUGCACCAAUAUGCACCAAGCCAUCACAGCCCACAGCAUUACUCUUCCCCACAGACAACCGCGCCUCAGUACACAGCAUCGCAACCUGCCCACCAAUACCCCGUUCAGCAACCACCCGCUCAGGCUUAUCCCGCACAGCAGCCUUCUACUCAGCAAUAUGCUAAACCUCCCUCGCCUCAACAUUAUCCAUCUCCACGAUCUUCCAGUCCUCAGUUUCCGACUCAGUCGACUGCGCCCCCGCAGUAUGCUCCUCAGUCGCAGCCCGCGCGACAAUAUCCAUUUGAUCAACCGCAAACGGUUCCCGCAUCCCAUUAUUCUCAACAUGUAUCGGCUGCCCAGUACCCAGCUUCUCACCAUGCUCAAGUCACGUCACCUACUCAAUAUGCUGCGCCUCAAACUGCGACAUUCGAUGUCCCCGUCCCGGUUCCACAAACCUCAACGUCAACUCGACAGCCUAGCCAAGGUUCUGUACCACCGAGUGAUUCGCACAGAAGGGCAUCAGCCCCCGUAUUGCAGCCUUACAGUCCACAAUACCACGCUGUACCGCACCCUCAAUCUUACUAUGUAACCGACCAAAAGUAUGCACCCAACCCUCAACAUGGGUACUAGGCUAUCACAUAUUGCGACAUUUCUUUUCAAUACACCAUAUAUCGAACAUAUACGAAGGGCAAUGCGGCGAAUGGUUUUGCUUGCGAUACCCCUAGGCAUGGAUCUCAUUAGGCGAAGGUGGCAUCCUUUUUCGUAUCUCAAUGGCUUUGAGACAGCCGCUUAUUGUUAAUAUGCUACACGCUCUUUGGUUUUU